GUUUAUUCAUCCGUCCCUUGUUCAUCUGUCCUUCCAAAAAAUCAGAAGAAAUCAACGUCAUUGCUUGAGUAGCCAUGAAUUCCUUUGCGGCCACGAACCGGAACUUCAGGCAUGCUGCGAAGUUGCUAGGGCUUGAUUCAAAGCUUGCGAAGAGUCUUUUGAUUCCAUUCAGAGAAAUCAAGGUGGAGUGCACUAUACCUAAGGAUGAUGGAAGUAUUCAUUCCUAUGUUGGGUUUAGGGUUCAGCACGAUAAUGCUCGCGGUCCUAUGAAGGGUGGAAUUCGGUAUCAUCCUGAAGUUGACCCUGAUGAGGUAAAUGCUCUGGCUCAACUGAUGACCUGGAAGACAGCCGUAGCUAAUGUACCAUAUGGCGGAGCAAAAGGUGGUAUUGGUUGCUCGCCUUCUGAUUUGAGUGCCAGUGAGUUGGAACGUUUGACUCGUAUCUUCACUCAGAAAAUUCAUGACCUCAUUGGAAUCCACACAGAUAUUCCCGCCCCUGACAUGGGAACGAACUCGCAGACUAUGGCAUGGAUUUUUGAUGAGUAUUCCAAGUUCCACGGUCACUCUCCUGCUAUUGUUACUGGAAAGCCUCUUGAUCUUGGUGGGUCAUUAGGUAGGGAUGCUGCUACUGGUAGGGGUGUUGUGUUUGCAACAGAGGCUUUGCUAGCCGAACAUGGUAAAUCUAUUUCAGGGCUAACCUUUGCAAUUCAGGGUUUUGGGAAUGUUGGUUCAUGGGCUGCAGAUCUCAUACAUGGUAGAGGUGGCAAGAUUGUCGCAAUUUCAGAUGUACAUGGUGCAAUCAGAAAGUCCGAUGGCAUAGACAUUCCGGCUUUGUCCAAGCACAAAGCUGAGGGUGGUCUCUUGAAGGAUUUCAAAGACGCAGAUGUCAUGGAUCGAAAUGAGUUGCUGGUGCAAGAAUGUGAUGUUCUCAUUCCAUGUGCCUUGGGUGGUGUCCUAAACAAAGAAAAUGCUGCUAAUGUGAGGGCCAAAUAUAUAAUAGAAGCUGCCAAUCAUCCUACAGAUCCUGAUGCCGAUGAGAUACUGUCAAAGAAGGGAGUGACUAUUCUUCCCGACAUAUAUGCAAAUGCUGGCGGUGUGAUUGUGAGCUACUUCGAAUGGGUUCAGAAUAUCCAAGGAUUCCAGUGGAAGGAAGAAAAGGUUAACAUGGAGCUGCAGAAGCACAUGAAUGAUGCUUUUGAGAACAUCAAAUCGAUGUGCAAAACUCAUGACUGCAGCCUCCGGAUGGGAGCAUUUACUCUCGGGGUUAACCGGGUUGCGAAAGCGACUACUCUUCGAGGAUGGGAAGCAUAAAACUCUGCAGUUUUGCUGCUCUUUAUACUUUUAUUUUUUGCGGCAAAACAGAAAGAGAAGCAUAGUCAAAAACAUUUGAUUAUUUUCAUUCAUACGAUUGAGUUUUGGUUUAAUCGUUUGAACAUUGAUAUGUUGAACUUCUGCAACAAAUAAUGUGACCCAUGACUUCCUUUCAAUUCAAACUCUGCUCUUUGUAUUCA